AUGAAUGAGAGAAGAAAGAGGAUAGUAAAAAUACUAGAAGUAAUAAUAAAGAAAGAACCCUUCAAAAGGAACAAAGAAAGAGAAAACAGAAUAAUGUCUGAAGAAGAACACAAGAAAAGGGGUGAUGAAGAAAAAAGUGAAACAAAGAAAAUUAAACAAAAACAAGAAAGAAAAGGAAAGAAACAAAGAAACACUGAAAGAAAAGAAGAGAAACAAGAAAAGAGAUUUGACCGAAAAGGAUUAAGUCGGGAAGAAAAAGAAGAGUUACAUAAAGAAGACCAAAUCUAUAGAACAAUAUUCAUCCAAAAUUUAUCAUUCAAAACAACUGAAGAAGAACUCAAAGAAAAAAUGGGAGAAUAUGGGGAUGUAUCAUAUUGUAAAAUUUGUAUGGAUAAAGAAAAAGGUAUUAGUAGAGGAACAGGAUUUGUUUGUUUCAGAAAAAGAGGAGUAGCAGAUAAAAUUAUUGAAGAAGCAUAUAUGUUUUCAGGGAAUAAAGAAAGUGAUAUUGAAAUUGAUGGAAGAAGAUUAAUUCUUCAGAAAGCAAUAAAGAAAGAACAAGCAAAAGAAACAAGUGAUAGUAAAAAAAAGAAAAAAGAAGGAAUUAAAGAUAAUAGAAAUGUUUCAUUAGCAAUGGUUGGACAAAAAACAAAAGAAGAAUAUCUUCAACUUGGAUUAACACCAAAUGAAGCAAAAAUUCGAUUAAAAGCACAAAUGGAACGAAAUAAGAAAUAA